UAGAGAAACCGGCAGCAUUCAUAAUAAGUAACCUAAGCUCCAGUUGCAUCAUGUAUGUCGACCCCCCAUAUGGGGACAACUUGCGAAGGAGUUAAAGCAGAGAAUUGCCAUUUGAUUGACGAAAAAAUACUCUUUAAAAACACACAAAAAACAAUCAUCCGAGCAAUUGUUAAAAUGAGUAUCUCCAACAUGACUGCUAAAGAAGUUCGCAGUGCCUACAUUGACUUUUUCAAAGAAAAAGAUCAUGUGUACCAUCACUCGUCAUCCACCAUUCCUCUGGAUGAUCCCACUUUGCUGUUUGCUAACGCUGGGAUGAACCAGUUUAAGCCAAUCUUUUUGGGGACUGUCGAUCCCAAUAGCGACUUAUCCAAGCUGGUUCGCGCUGUUAACACACAAAAAUGUAUCAGGGCUGGAGGAAAGCACAAUGAUCUGGAUGAUGUUGGCAAAGAUGUUUAUCACCAUACAUUUUUCGAAAUGAUGGGCAACUGGUCAUUCGGAGACUAUUUUAAAAAGGAGAUUUGUACUUGGGCUUGGGAGUUUUUAACAGUAAAACUGAGUUUACCGGCCGACCGAAUUUAUGUUACGUAUUUUGGAGGAGAUCCGAAAUCUGGAUUGGAACCUGACAAUGAGUGCAAAGAGAUUUGGCUGAAACUUGGAGUAGCUCCCAGCCAUGUGAUUCCCGGAUCAAUGAAGGAUAAUUUUUGGGAAAUGGGAGAAACUGGUCCUUGUGGACCUUGUUCUGAACUGCAUUUCGACAGAAUUGGCGGACGCAGUGUUCCUGAACUCGUCAAUAUGGAUGAUCCAGAUGUUCUGGAAAUUUGGAAUCUUGUAUUCAUUCAAUACAACCGAGAACCAGAUAGCACAUUGAAGCCUUUGCCCAAAAAACAUAUCGACUGCGGGCUGGGAUUAGAACGGUUGGUAUCGGUGAUACAGAACAAAAGGUCAAAUUACGAUACGGAUCUUUUUAUGCCCUUUUUCGAGGCUAUUCACAGAGGAACUGGCGCCGCACCCUAUCAAGGACGAGUGGGAGAUGAUGACAAAGAUGGGGUAGAUAUGGCCUAUAGAGUACUAGCUGAUCAUGCGAGAACUUUAACUAUAGCUUUAGCUGAUGGCGGCAAUCCUGACAAUACGGGCCGGGGAUAUGUACUAAGACGAAUCCUGCGAAGAGCCGUAAGAUAUGCCACAGAAAAACUCAAUGCCAAACCAGGAUUUUUUUCCACUCUCGUGAACACUGUGGUUGAAAUUUUAGGCGAUACGUUCCCAGAAGUGAAGAAGGAUCCCCAGUAUAUCAUAGAAACGAUUAAUGAAGAAGAGGCGCAGUUUUUAAAAACCUUGAGCAGAGGACGAAACCUUUUGAAUCGAACCAUCACCAAAUUGGGCGAGUCCAAGGAACUGCCAGGAGACGUGGCCUGGCGACUGUAUGAUACUUAUGGAUUUCCCGUAGACUUGACGUCGCUUAUGGCCGAAGAGAAAGGCCUAAAUGUUAAUAUGGAGGCUUAUGAAGAAGCUAAGAAGCAAGCGCAAAUAAUCUCGCAGGGAAAAGGUACUGGAGUCGCCGACACCAUCAAUCUUGAUGUACACGCUAUCACAGAGCUCCAAAAUCGGCAGAUACCUCCGACUAACGAUUCACCCAAGUAUGAUUAUGAAGCGAACCAAAAUGUGGAUGAUGAAUAUAAAUUUGGUGCUUGCGAGGCUUCUGUUAUAGGGCUCAGGUAUAACAAACAAUUUGUAGAGGAAGUCACUUCAGGGCAAGAGUGCGGAGUUUUAUUAGACAGCACCAAUUUUUAUGCAGAACAAGGUGGACAAAUUUACGACACAGGGUUCCUUGUGAAGCUCAACGACGACAGUGUGGAAUUUUCGGUUAAGAAUGUACAAGUUCGAGGCGGCUAUAUUAUCCACAUAGGCAAUAUUGAAGGAGUGUUAAGGGUAGGGGACAAAGUUAGCCUGCACAUUGAUGCCGACAGAAGACGGUUGAUAAUGAGCAAUCACACUGGAACCCAUAUUUUGAAUUACGCGCUCAGGAAAGUUUUGGGAACGGACGCUGAUCAACGAGGAUCCCUAGUCGCACCUGACCGACUGAGGUUCGAUUUCACCAACAAAGGAGCAAUGACUGCAGAUCAAGUGAAGAAGGCUGAGCAAAGUGCAAAAGAUCUAAUUAGCAAAAACGCCAAGGUUUAUGCGAAGGAUUCGAGCUUAGCAACUGCUAAGACUAUUAGAGGUUUACGAGCAGUUUUUGAGGAGACUUACCCGGAUCCUGUUAGGAUUGUGUCUGUUGGAAUUCCUGUGGAAGACUUGGAAAACGAUCCUUUCGGACCUGCUGGAGAUUCAACAUCAAUUGAGUUCUGCGGGGGGACGCAUGUUAAAUAUGCAGGACAUAUUGGUGAUUUUGUCAUCAGCAACGAAGAAGCAAUUGCUAAGGGAAUUAGAAGAAUAGUGGCCUUAACAGGUCCUGAAGCUACAAAGGCCUUGAAACGAAACGAGGUUCUUGAAAACAGGUUGAACGAAAUUAAGUCGUCAAUAAAUGCCGACAAGGAUGGUGCAAAAUCGAAAGAACACGUUAGAAUAAUAGUGGAAUUAACCGAUGAAGUAUCGCAAGCGAUAAUUCCUUAUUGGAAAAAAGAAGAAAUCCGCAACAAUCUGAAAAACUUAAAGAAAAAUCUAGACGAUAAAGAUCGCGCCGCCAAAGCAGCCAUUGCGAACAAGGUUGUUGAUGAAAUAAAGGAGUUUGUAAAAGAAAAUCCAAACUUGCCUAUUUUGGUCAAGGAACUGAAGGCGUUCAACAAUACGAAGGCAUUGGAUAGUGCCUUAAAACAGGUAAAAACUUUAAGUCCAGCAACCGCGGCCCUGUUUGUUACUGUGGAUUCCGACUCUAAUAAAAUGUUUUGCCUCUCCUCUGUCCCAAAAGAGGCCAUAGAGAAAGGCUUGAAAGCCAACGAAUGGGUGCAGUCGGUUGCUCAGAAAAUCGGAGGUAAAGGUGGAGGCAAACCAGAUUCCGCGCAAGCCAGUGGGGCCAAUUCCGUCUCAGUUGAUGAGAUUUUGGAAUUGGCCAAGAAGUUUGCCGAUAGUAAGUUGCUUUAAGCCAGAGUAAUAACUUUUGCUAUAAUGCCAAUACUUAUUGUAACGGAAAUUUUAUAAACAGUUUUUUACCCUAUUUACUUAAGGAGCAUUACUUUUUAUUGUAAAUGAUCAUGUUGCUACUUAUUGCAAUAAUGCCUCUGAUAUUUGCAUUUAUUUAUUAAAAACCAUUGCAAGCAAUAA